UUUAUCGUCCAUUUAGGGAUCUCCGUUGGAUCAUUAUUCUCCCCGUUGGUAACAGAACCGUUUCUUGUUCCAAAACAUUUAGUAGAGAAUCAAAACUCGGAUAUUAAAUCACAAGACACAGUUAUCACAUGCAACGUCACAAAUAAUGCUACCCUUAAUUCAAACAUUUCUUGUAUCAACAAGCAGAAAUUAGACAUAGCUGUGAUAUGCAACACGACUUUUUUGUCAAUUGAAAAACCAUCAAACAUUUCUUGUAUCAAUAACCAAACAAAUUCAUUCCAACCCACAGCCUACGUAAUACAAUUACAAAAUGCUUUUAUUAUAUCUGCCAUUUUAGCCGUUCUGACGUCAUUGCCGUUCUUAGUAAAAAGUUUUAAGUAUGAAAGUAAUUUAGCCAAGGGAGAUAAUUCAAGAAAAUCCGAAGAACAACGAAAUGUGCCUCCAUUAUAUUAUGUUAUAUCUAUUGUGUUAAUCAUGUGUAUGCAUAUAUGUAACAGUGGCAUUUUUGACGCAUUUUCUGCAUUUCUAAUGACUUUUGUUGUGAAACAAAUGGACUGGUCGAAAAAAGAUGGCGCCUUAGUAACGUCAGCGUUCUGGGCAUCAUUAGUUACGGCUCGGAUUCUCGUCAUUUUUGUUGCGGACUUGAUUAGCCCGGCAAAACUUUUACUAUUUGCUAUGUGCUUUGUAAUAUGUGCUUUAAUAGGAUUAUGGAUAAGUGCUCUAUAUUUAGUACAUACGGGUAUUUGGGUAUUUGCAUGUGUAGCGGGCAGUGCCAUAUCAAUUCUAUUUCCUACUACAGUCGCACUCACGGACAAAGAACUCAUACCAGUAAACGGAAAGGUUUCUUCAUCCAUCCUGGUUGCUGGGGCAAUUGGUCUUCUUAGCAACCCGGUGAUAUUAGGCUUCUUCAUCAAAGAGUUUUCUGCUCUUUGGUUUUGUUACUUGUUGCUAGUCAAAACUCACAUUUAA